GGGUUUAUUUUACAUUCUGAACACGUUGGAGGAGUCAGGAAGUUUAGUAACAAUACCUACAUUUUUGGGAACUUUUGACAACUACGGGCGUUUAUUUUGGUCUUAAAAUAAAAAAUGGCGUCUCUAAAUGGGAAACCGGACGUAAUAUUUGAGGAAGAUGACCUGCCUUAUGAGGAGGAGAUCAUCAGGAAUCCGUACUCGGUCAAGUGCUGGAUGCGUUACAUCGAGUUCAAACAAAACGGCACAAUGUCCAUCCUCAACAUGAUAUAUGAACGAGCUCUGAAAGAGCUACCUGGCAGUUACAAGUUAUGGUACAACUACCUGAGAGAGCGACGGAAACAGGUCAAAGGGAAGUGCAUCAUGGAGCCAGCCUACGAGGAGAUCAACAACUGCCAUGAAAGAGCACUGGUUUUCAUGCACAAGAUGCCGAGGAUAUGGCUGGACUACUGCCAGUUCCUGGUGUCUCAGUGUAAGAUCACCAGGAGCAGACGCACAUUUGACCGAGCGCUCCGAGCCCUUCCCGUCACUCAGCACCCUCGCAUCUGGCCCCUGUACCUCCGCUUUGCCCGGAACCUGCCCCUGCCUGAGACCGCCAUCCGUGUCUACCGCAGGUACCUCAAGCUGUCCCCAGAGAAUGCGGAGGAGUACAUAGAUUACCUGCGUUCCUGCGGCAAGCUGGAUGAAGCAGCAGUACGUCUGGCAGCCGUUGUCAACGAUGAGAGCUUUGUGUCCAAGGAGGGAAAGUCUAACUACCAGCUAUGGCACGAGCUGUGUGACCUGAUCUCUCAGAACCCAGACAAGGUGAACUCUCUGAAUGUUGGGGCCAUCAUCCGUGGAGGCCUCACUCGCUUCACAGACCAGCUGGGCAAACUCUGGUGCUCCCUGGCUGACUACUACAUCCGCAGUGGACAUUUUGAAAAGGCUCGUGAUGUUUAUGAGGAGGCCAUCUUGACGGUGGUGACGGUGAGAGAUUUCACCCAGGUGUUCGACAGCUACGCCCAGUUUGAGGAGAGCAUGAUCGCUGCCAAGAUGGAGACUACCUCAGAGUUGGGGAAAGAUGAAGAAGAGGACAUAGACCUGGAGCUGCGUCUGGCCCGCUUUGAGCAGCUGAUCGCCCGCAGGCCCCUCCUGCUGAACAGUGUGCUGCUGAGACAGAAUCCACACAACGUCCACGAGUGGCAUAAGAGGGUCAAACUGUACGAGGGGAAACCACGACAGAUCAUCAACACCUACACAGAGGCAGUUCAGACUGUGGACCCUAUGAAGGCUACAGGGAAACCCAGCUCUCUCUGGGUCUCCUUCGCCAAGUUCUAUGAGGAGAACGAGCAGCUAGAUGACGCACGGACCAUCUUUGAGAAAGCCACCAAGGUGAACUACAAGCAGGUUGACGACCUGGCUGGCGUGUGGUGUGAAUACGGAGAGAUGGAGCUACGCCAUGAGAACUACGAACAGGCGCUACGUAUACUGAGGAAAGCAACUGCCAUCCCGUCCAAGAAGGCAGAGUACUUUGACGUGUCAGAGCCCGUGCAGAACAGAGUGUACAAGUCUCUGAAGGUCUGGUCCAUGCUGGCUGACCUGGAGGAGAGUAUGGGAACCUUCCAGUCCACCAAGGCGGUGUACGACCGCAUCAUUGACCUGCGCAUAGCCACGCCCCAGAUAAUCAUCAACUAUGCCAUGUUCCUGGAGGAGCACAACUACUUUGAGGAGAGCUUCAAGGCGUACGAGCGUGGCAUCGCCCUCUUCAGGUGGCCCAACGUCUAUGACAUCUGGAACACCUACCUCACCAAGUUCAUCGACCGCUACGGGGGCAAGAAGCUGGAGAGGGCCCGGGACCUGUUUGAGCAGGCGCUGGAUGGCUGUCCAGCCAAGUUCGCCAAGACCAUCUACCUGCUGUACGCCAAACUGGAGGAGGAGUUUGGGUUGGCGCGUCACGCCAUGGCGGUGUACGAGAGAGCUACGCAGGCGGUGGACAACACGGAGAGGCAUCACAUGUUCAACAUCUACAUCAAGAGGGCUGCAGAGAUCUACGGUGUCACCUACACCAGAGCGAUCUACCAGAAAGCCAUCGAGGUGCUUCCAGACGAACACUCCAGGGACAUGUGCCUGCGCUUCGCUGACAUGGAGAGCAAACUGGGCGAGAUCGACCGGGGCAGAGCCAUAUACUCCUACUGCUCUCAGAUCUGUGACCCAAGGAUGACGGCCACGUUCUGGCAGACGUGGAAGGAGUUUGAGAUCCGCCACGGGAACGAAGACACUAUCCGGGAGAUGCUGAGGAUCAAGCGCAGCGUCCAGGCCACGUACAACACACAGGUCAACUUCAUGUCCUCACAGAUGAUGAAGGCCACCACCAACGCCACCAUCUCAGACCUUGCCCCGGGCCAGCUGGGGCUGGAUGAUAUGAAGUUGUUGGAGCAGCAGGCCCAACAGCUUGCUGCCGAGGCUGAACAGGACAAACCCAAACUCAAAGAAAAGAUCCUCUUCGUCAGGAGUGACACAUCUCGCAGUGAGCUGGCUGAACUGGCCAAACAAGCCAACCCCGAUGAGAUUGAUAUUGAGGAUGAGGAUGGUGAUGAUGAAGACCAGGGCCCAGAGGAGGUGCAGCUGGAACAGAAAAGUGUCCCCACUGCUGUCUUUGGAGGGCUGAAAGAAGGAGAAGAUUGAAUACAGAAUGUUGGGAUGGUAUCUGUCCCACAGACAUGACAUCACAGAUGAGCUCCAUGGUCUACGAAUGGAGCCUUUUCAACACCCGUAAAAUGUAUGAUGAAAAUAGAUUGUAUGGAAUGUGAACUUUAUCGUUGAUCUUUUCUACAGUGGCAAGAAAAAGUAUGUGAACCCUUUGGAAAUACCUGGGUUUCUGCAUAAAUUGGUCAUAAAAUUUGAUCAUCUAGGUCACAACAACAUACAAACACAGUCUGCUUAAACUAAUAACACACAAACAAUUAUACGUUUUCAUGUCUAUUGAACACACCAUAUAAACAUUCACAGUGCAGGUGGGAAAAGUAUGUGAACCCUUGGAUAUAAUAACUGGAUGACCCUCCUUUGGCAGCAAUAACCUCAACCAAAUGUUUUCUGUAGUUGCGGAUCAGACCUGCACCACGAUCAGGAGGAGUUUUGGACCAUUCCUCUUUACAAAACUGUUUCAGUUCAGCAAUAUACUUGAACUGCUCUCUUGAGGUCAUUCCACAACAUCUCAAUCGGGUUGAGGUCAGGAUUCUGACUGGGCCACUCCAGAAGGUGUAUUUUCUUUUGAAGCCAUUUACUUCUGUGUUUUGGGUUGUUGUCCUAUUGCAUCACCCAACUUCUGUUAAUUGAGCAUGCUGUGCUAUUGCAGUCAUCUUUGCAGGACGGCCACCCCUAAGGAGAGUAGCAACAGUGCUGAACUUUCACCAUUUUAUAGACAAUUUGUCUUACCAUGGACUGAUGAACGUUAAGGCUUUUAGAGAUACUUUUGUAACCCUUUCCAGCUUUAUGCAAGUCAACAAUUCUUAAUCUUAGGUCUUCUGAGAUCUUUUUUGUUCGAGGCAUGGUUCACAUGAGGCAAUGCUUCUUGUGAAUAGCAAACUUUGAGUGUUUUUUUUUUUAUAGGGCAAGGCAGCUCUAACCAACAUCUCCAAUUUCGUCUCAUUGAUUGGGCUCCAGGUUAGCUGACUCCUGACUGCAAUAGCUUUUUCAGAAGUCAUUAGCCUAGGGGUUCAUACUUUUCCCAACCUACACUGUGAAAUUAUGUAUUUAAUAUAGACAAGAAAAAUACAAUUUGUGUGUUAUUAGUUUAAGCACACUGUUUGUCUAUUAUUGUUACUUAGAUGGAGAUCAGACCAAAUUUGAUGACCAAUUUAUGCUGAAAGCCAAGUAAUUCCAAAGGGUUCAUACUUUUUCUUGCCACUGUAUGUUGUCGACUGUAAGUGUUUUGCUCUACAUUCAUAGAUUGUCAAGUCUGCACUAGAUCAGUGAAUAAAAAUGAGAUUUGUGAAUAAA